CUUCCUACGUGUAUGGUAGAUUUCUUUAUGUAGAGUAAAUAUAUUAGGAUAAGACAUUACCGUGUUGUAAAGUGAAAAUACAUGUGUUUCUAAUAUUCAGGCUUGUAAAGUAGCUGCAUUAAAAAUAUAAAAAGGAAGCAAAUAUAAAGUACUUCACAUAUAAUUAUGUCGAUCUUCACAACUUUAUUAUAUGAAAUAUCUCGCCAAUUAACUAUCUACGUUGGAUUAUUUCUAUUUAUACUUGGUACAGCUGGUUCAAUACUAAACAUUUAUAUAUUUUCAUCAAAAAAUCAUUUCGAUCAAAUGCGUGUGCAAUAUUUUUACUUUGUGCAUCUAUCUACGAUUUACUAUAUUUCUUCAAUGCAGUAUUACCACAAAUAUUAACUGCUUUUAACAUUGAUCCAACAAAUACCUCAAGGGUUUAUUGUAAAUUAAAAUUUUAUUUUACACUACAAUUUUCAUUGGCAUCAAAUACAUUUAUUCUUUUAGCAGCUGUCAAUCGGUGGUUGUGUUCGUGUCGAAAUGCGAGGUAUCGGGAAUGGUCGACAAUCAAAAAGACAUGGAUAUCAGUUUUUAUUACAACUAUGUCCUAUAUCGUAAUACAAGCACCCAGUUUAAUUUAUUAUGAUAAUGUGAAUAACAAGUGUUCGACAAUAUCAACAGCUUUUUUAUAUUAUUUGUCGUAUUUUCAAAAUUUGAUUCAAUUCGCAGUUCUACCGAUCAUUCUAUCAGUUUAUUUUGGUGUUAGAACAUAUAAAAAUCUUCAUCAACGAACUGCUCCUGUUGUAAGAGCUAUUACUGGCCGAGGUGGGAUUAGUAUUCGUCAACGUAUUGAAAAUCAAUUGACGACAAUGUUCCUAUUACAAAUGUGCACUGAAACUUUAUUCGUCACACCAAAUCUGGUACAAUUAAUCUAUUCGAGCAUUACAAUGUAUGUAGAAAAAGAUUUACUACGUUUGGCACAAGAAAAUUUAUUUACAACAAUUGCUCGUCUUACAACCUACGUUAAUCAUGCUUCUAGAUUUUAUAUUUAUCUUAUAUCAUCACGUGAAAUUCGGAGAAUAUUUAUUCACAAGUAG